AUGAGAGGGGACCCACAGAUGUGUGAGAUUGGAACAGCAAGAUCUCUUUUCGAGUGCUGUGAAGAUUGGAUUGGAUUGGAUCUAAUAUUGAAACGGGAGCCUUUCACCAUUUCAGACAACAAAAUGUAUCAUCACCACCACCAAGGAAAAAACCUUCAGCCCUCUGCAAGAAUGUUCACUCCAUCUGAAAGGCACUUGUUCCACCAAGGUGCAAAUGGAACCGGAGAUUCAGGACUUGUACUUUCCACCGAUGCCAAGCCAAGACUGAAAUGGACUCUGGACCUCCAUGAGCGGUUCAUAGAGGCAGUUAAUCAACUUGGCGGAGCAGACAAAGCUACUCCAAAAUCAGUCUUGAAACUUAUGGGAAUUCAAGGACUAACCUUAUACCACUUGAAGAGUCACCUUCAGAAAUACAGACUCAGUAAAAGCCUCCAAGGGCAAGCUAACAGUGGGAUCAACAAAGCUGCUACAGGAGAAAGGAUGCCCGAAACGAAUGGAACUCACGUGUCUCAUCCAAGCAUGGUCAACCAAACAAAUAAAAAUUUACCUUUAAGUGAAGCAAUACAACUGCAAAUUGAAACGCAGAGAAGGCUACAUGAGCAGCUCGAGGUACAACGCCAUUUACAGCUCCGCAUAGAGGCUCAAGGUAAAUAUUUACAGUCUGUACUUGAGAAAGCACAGGAAACUCUUGGAAGACAGAACUUGGGAACAACUGCUCUAGAGGCUGCCAAGAUUGAGUUAUCUGAUUUGGUGUCCAAAGUAUCCACACAAUGCCUGAAUUCAGCAAUUUCAGGGACGAAAGAACUGUCGGAUAUGUGUCUUGAGCACACACAAAUGAAGCCAACAGAUGAUUCAAUCAAUAAAUGCUUAACCUCCAAUGAAGGUUCUAUGAGGGACCAAGAACUGUACAUUAAUCAAAUGGGAUUGACAACUUUGAAUUUUAGAGCACUAACCAAGCGGAGGGAGGAUGACAAUGAACCCAAGCUGCAAGAUACAGAACUCAUAUGGUGCGAUGACAUGACAGAGAGCAGAAAGUUUCUUUCCACUAUGGAUGACAAUAAAAACUCCCGCAAUUUAUCAAUGAGCAUUGGACUUCAGAGAGGAAAAUGGAACAGCAGCAGCAACUAUUCAGAGGAAACAUAUAAAGGAACUGGUACAGAGUAUAUAUUUUUGGACCAAGAUCCUCAUAUAAAUGAUUCAAAUAAUCUAGAGAAGCAGAAGACAUCGCCAAAGUUUCAACCACCUUACUCUUCAACCAAACUGGACCUAAACACAGAGGAUGAAAAUGAUGCUUCUUCAAGUUGCAAGAAUUUAGAUUUAAAUGGGUUUAGCUGGGGCUGA